AUUUUUGCUCGGCAGUUAUGUACUGUCGAUUAUGGCAGAAAGUGCCAUAAUUAGAGAAUGCAUUCUUCGAUCGAGAAUCGAGACAAAAUUGUGAUAAAUGCCAAUUCUUGCUUCGUACGAUGAUUGUGUCUAACUCGUCGAUCGGAAUUGAAACUCAAAUUGCUAUUUGAGUUUGAUGCGAAAUUUUAUUGCAGACAGAGCAAAGAAGAAAAAUUACGUUACGUACAAAAAAACAUACAAAAGUGAUAAAAAUGUAAGAGAUAAUAUGUGUAAAGCGUCCUUAAAGAUGUUAGAUAUAAUAUAGCAAUACAUGAAUUGCAAAGACAGAUAAAGAUAAAUGUAUUCUUUUUAUAACAAAAUCCUUAUGUGCUUUUAUAAAGAGAUAGAGGCUUUCAUUUUUCUCUUGGCGCACAUUGAAAAUUAAAUUGCUAUGCCAUUAUUUGCCUUGAAAAACGAACGGUUAUUCACAUUUUAACCGCUUCUCAGUAAAUCUGAUUCUCACUUGGAGGAAGCAUAGCUGACAUUAUUUUCGCAUGUAUGAAACAUGUAAAGAGGUAAAUCCGAAGGUUGAAACCAUAAACACCUCUACUUUCUAGUGGUUUAUCUCGCGACGGAGAGCCUGGAAUCUCGUGUCGAACCGCAGUAUUCGAUGCGUUGCACGUGCGCGCGAUAUAAAGCGCGGUAUAAGAAGUAAAUGGACACGUUUGUGUAUAAACUAAAUUGCUAAAAUAUAGACUGUGUAUAGAUUAUACAAAUAUCAUAAACAGGAAUAAAAAUGAUUAUAUCGUGCAUCUAUUUACGUUACGACAGUGAAAUUGAAAGGAUUGCUUAGGACAUUGACUGAUGAUAGCGAUAAGGGAUGUAGAAUUAAUAAAGUGCCACAGGUACAUUAGAAGAUGGAGUCUCAUGCGCUUUUAUAUUUGAAUGAGAAGAUUGGCGAAGAUGUCGAGGAAAUAAGACUGAAUAAUCAUUGAUGACAAUGUCUAGACCCGGAAAAGAUCCUGUGCAAAAGUGUCACUCAGAUCCGGGUGCAACUGGCUCUUCGUGUAGUCCUAACAAGCGAAUUUCACGGAGACAAGUGCCAUGCAUUCCGUCCUCGCCAAAUACGCGCAAAUGUGUUUUGACCUUGGAUGGAUACAAUUACGUGAUUGUUGCAUCUCCGCCCGAUAGACGAGUUACACGAGACGAUAUUGGGGUAGCCCCGGCUGGUGUAGCGGUGAACAACGCAGCUGCUACUAGCUGCAGCAGUGUAAGCAGUGCGACAUCUUCGAAAUCGCGCAAUCCUUCUUCUUCUCCCGGUCGAAAUGGCCAACUCUCCAAACAGGGCACCUUGACGAUAGUACGUCGAAGUUCCAGCAAAAGCAAAAGCGGGAAUUUCGAAAAUUCACCACCGCACAAUCCUGAUACUUCGUAUUUAUCGAGCCAAUCUGUCGAUCUUGAAGAGAUUCUCGAUAACGUCGAUCUCACGACGGAUUCUCUUCCUGCGGUUGACACACCCGAUGCAUGCGAUAAAGCUGCCCUUAGAUUGAGGUGUUUAUUGAGGCAAUUACAACAUGGGGAGAUAUCCGCUGAAUUACUUCAACGAAAUUUGCACUACGCAGCUCGCGUACUCGAAGCUGUUUUUAUCGAUGAGACCAAGGUGAGUUCAGGCGGGAAUGAGUGCGCUCGGUCAUCACGUAGGGGGGCGGGCCUGACGUCUUCAUCCCUAGGGGGCGGCUUGGACCCAGAUGGACCACAGGGCCAUGCGGUGGUAACCCAGAAACGGAAACUUCGCACCCCCGUAUGGGCAAGACGACUAGCGGAUGAAGAUGACGAGCUAUCAGAGGUGCAGCCAGAUGCGGUACCACCAGAAGUGCGUGAAUGGCUGGCAUCGACUUUCACUAGGCAACUCGCCACCACUAGACGGAAAGCUGAUGAGAAACCAAAAUUCCGCUCGGUCGCUCAUGCUAUCAGGGCAGGCAUAUUCGUCGAUCGAAUCUAUAGGAGAGUUACAAACACCGCCCUCAUGCAAUUUCCGCCGGAAGUCGUGAAAGUACUUAAGACUUUAGAUGAUUGGUCGUUCGAUGUAUUUUCUUUGAACGAAGCCGCUCUGGGGACGCCAGUGAAAUAUCUGGGCUAUGACCUGCUCAAUCGAUAUGGUAUGAUUCACAAGUUUAAAGUACCUCCUGCAGUUUUGGAGUGCUUCCUCGGAAGAGUUGAAGAGGGUUAUUGCAGGCAUCGAAACCCAUAUCACAACAACCUCCACGCUGCUGAUGUUGCGCAAACGAUGCAUUACAUCUUGUGUCAAACUGGUUUGAUGAAUUGGUUGACCGAUCUCGAGAUUUUCGCUACCCUUGUGGCAGCGAUUAUUCAUGAUUACGAGCAUACUGGGACCACAAACAAUUUCCACGUAAUGUCCGGUAGUGAUACAGCACUCCUAUAUAACGACCGAGCUGUGCUAGAAAAUCAUCACAUUUCGGCCAGCUUUCGGAUACUGAGAGAAGAUGAUUGUAACAUACUACAGAACUUGUCAAGAGAGGAAUUUCGAGAAUUUCGAUCACUUGUGAUUGACAUGGUUCUUGCCACCGACAUGAGUUUUCAUUUUCAACAGCUAAAAAAUAUGAAAAAUUUACUAAGUUUGGCAGAGCCAAGCGUGGAUAAGAGCAAAGCCGUUAGCUUGGUCCUCCAUUGUUGCGAUAUCUCGCAUCCUGCCAAAAGAUGGGAUCUUCAUAAUAGAUGGACAAUGCAACUUCUUGAAGAGUUUUUCAGACAAGGUGAUAAAGAGAGAAAGCUUGGAUUGCCAUUUUCUCCUCUAUGCGAUCGCAAUAAUACGUUGGUAGCUGAAUCUCAAAUAGGAUUCAUAGAAUUCAUUGUCGAGCCUAGUAUGCAAGUAUGUAGUGACAUGCUGGAAACCAUUCUUGCGCCACUCAAUGUCAAGGACACUACGGAUGAACCUAACAAUGGUUCGGGAGGAGAAAAUAGAAGAUUCAAAAUUGGCAAACCUUGGAUUUCCUGUCUUGCAGAUAAUAAAAAAAUCUGGAAGGAACAAGCAGUCCGAGAUGCAGAAAUCAAAGCACAAAAAGAACAAGAACAAAAGGCUAGCAACAAUCGUGAAGACGGUGGGGCAGCACAAUCUGCGGCCGAAGAAUGAAAGAUACACCGGACAAUUAUAUUUUUUAAGAAUCUCUGCAACUUUAGAUUACGAGGAAGUUUGUGAUCACAUUAGGUGGCAUCUAUCAUAAAUUUACGAACUUCUUAUUACGCUUACAAAUGAUAGCCAAGCGUCAUUCGGUAGUACAAAUGGAUACACGAAUAUGAGUGGUUAUGGCGAUGUACACAAAAAUACACAUACACAAGUUAUGUUGGGGAA